AUGUCUAUAUCUUCUUUUCCAACAGCCAUUUUGUCUCAUAUUUUAAGUGUAAACAAUGUGCCUCCCCCUCCACUUCGCAGUAUACCAAGUUUGAAAGUGUCUAAGCACAUUGAUUAUAGUCAGUUGAAUACUUUAUGCCACUUGAGAGGAAUACAAUACAAUCACGUUUCUGGCCCCCUUCUAUCAGCUCAUGAUGAUUUUAUGAAGCAAUAUUCUAAAAUAUUUAUGAAGAAAAGGCCCAGACUGCCUGAACUUCUCAAAUUGGAGGGAAAAAGAAAACCUGCUGAAAAUACAGAGGAAAGUCAACUCCAACAACCUGGUGAUGAUUCUCACAAUGUAGCUGUCCAUAUAAAAAAAAUACAUGGUGGCAUUUUAUAUGGACCAAAAAAUUUUGAAGAGAAGUUAGUAGAAUUCCUGGCUAUUUUAAAGAAAUUGCCUAUCCACAGGACUCGGCAGGAACACAACACUGUGUGGAGGAUGCUAAAAACAAUUCCAGACUUAACAUCUCAGCUAACUGAUGAGCAUCUAAAAACAGUUAGUAUGAAUGUCAUUUCAGAAACCUGGUUGAAAGGAAGCACAGUGUGUGGAAAUGAUGGAUUUUACAUAAUACUCAAAGGCAUGGCUCGGCCUCAAACAAGACAACAUAGUAGUUUUAUUGAAGAAUAUAAGUCACCAACCUCUUUCAUACCUUCUAGUUUUAAUAGCUUUCUUCUCAGUGAAGAAUUAAAACACUCUGCAUUUGCAGAGAUGUUCCUGUCUCCACGUGAGCCAAUGCUUGCACGGUGGAGUACAUUUGGAACCCUUGAAGACACAUCUCAGACGGAAUCAGAAGCAAGGAAAUACUCAGUCGUUGCAGUAGAGGAUUGUGAAAUUCUUAGAAUUUCUGCAAAGAAUAUUGCCAAGUUAAAAUUGGAAAAGGAAAAACUUGAGAAUAAAGAAAAAGUCAAAUUAAUUCGUAGCUGUCCGUAUUAUGAGGAGUGGCCCACUUUGUCCAUAUAUGAGCUAAUUGCCCUGAUUAAAUGGAAAAAAUUUCCUCCAGGUCAUGUGAUAGUGGAAAGUGGAAAUAUAAUUUCUUUUGUGGCUUAUGUUAAUUCUGGAUAUUGUGAAGUUUACAGAACUAUUAUAGGACUUGUGAAACAACAAUCAAAAGUGAAAAAAAUUCGAAAACUUGUUUAUGUGGGUAAACUUCAGGAGAAAGAGUCCUUUGGUGAAAUUAGUGUUCUUCUUCAAAUUCCUUUCACAUGCACUGUUGUCACAGGAAAUGAGGUUGAAUUGGCAAUCAUUGAAGAUAAAGACCUAUUUAGUAAAAUUUCAACUAGUAAUGAAAAGGCUUUUAGAGAUUUUAAGAAGGGUUUCCACAAGAACUGUGACCAGUGA